UGUACCAUGACCAAUCGUUUAGCUAAGUCAUUUCCCGAAUAGCUCUCAACGAUCACAUCAUAUCGAAAAAUGUCUCAAUGUCGCCGUCGAUUUCCUUUCGCGAUAACGGACUGACAUUCACGAUCAUCAUUUAGAGUAACUAAGGAAGAUAAAGAGCUUGUGAUUUUAAAUCGAGCCGUGAUUUCUCGAGCCAACAGAUGUCGUUCAACGUUGGAAACUCAACCACUUCCCCUGCAAUUCUUUACAAGGGAUUGGGAUGGUGCUUUUCGUUCGGAUUGGAAAGCAUUUUAAUUACCAUUGGGAAUUUAUUAACAAUUGCAGCCUUUGUCAAACAGAAAUGUCUUCGUAAAAGAGGGACGUACCUUCUGAUCAACUUAGCAAUAUCAGAUAUUUUCAUAGGAUUGGUACCGCUUCCAAUCUAUAUCUAUUUCAUUGGACUGGAGUUUCAUCUAUGGCAGCCUUAUCAAAUUGGUAUUUUAUCUUUGGUCUUUUAUUUCUUUGAUAUACUGCUUGGAAUAGCAUCGCUUUUGAACUUGACAAUUAUCGCUCUUGAAAGGCUUUACGCGGCUAAACGGCCAUUUUGUUAUCGUACAACUCAACCGAGCAGUUAUUAUACUAUGAUAGGGAUUACGUGGAUACUAGCGACUGUGAUUGCUACAUUAUGUUUUUGUGCAUUUUACUUAACAUCUUCUCUCAUGAUAUCCACCUAUGUUUCCAUGACAAUUGUAUUUGUAGCAUUUUGGACAAUAUCGUCAUCAUAUGCAAUAGUUUGGAUGCGCUUAAGACUGCAUAGCAAGAAAAACUACCGCAAAGCCUCGGAGAGUGAACGCAAACUUGGCAUAACAAUGAUAAUUUUGACAAUUCUUUCUCUAGCAGCAUGGCUGCCCUUUGUAAUGAUGAAUCUAGUAAUUGUCUUGUCAAAGACUCAAGUUCCAAGUCAGACUAUCAUUUUAACUACUAAGCUUUUACAUUAUGGCAACAGCCUGACAAAUUGCAUUGUGUAUUCCCUAAGGAUGCCAGACUUCAGAAGAGCCGUCAUUAAGAUUGUGAAAUUCGAUCGAUUUGAUAAUUCAGCGUUUAAUUCUCCUGUCGAUAGCUCGACAUUCUCUCCAUUUCGCUCGCGGAAGAUGAGAUAUUCGACAACGAUCAAUGGAACAAAUCCUGAUGUUAAGAUGGAACUGGUUUAAAGAUUUUAAGAAAAUAUAUAAAAAUUAUAUUACAAGGGUAAAUAGCUUUGGCUAGAUGCAUGACAACUAGUAUAUUAUCAAAAAAGUAAAUGCGAAAUAAAAUGUUAAUUAAGGUGCAGCUGU